UACAUGGGGAAUGUUCCUUUGUAGAUUUGGCACCUUCUUUUAUUUCUGAGCCACUCUCUGCUGUCCAGAAACUUGGUGGACCUGUAGUACUACAUUGUUCUGCUAAACCUGUGACUGCUCAUAUCUCAUGGUUGUUUAAUGGAAAAAUGCUGGACGGAAACAUGGAACAGAUUAAGAUUCAUCAGGGGACUUUGACUGUUCUUUCUCUUAACCCCUCCCUUUUGGGUUACUACCAAUGCAUUGCCAAUAACAGCAUCGGUGCAAUUGUGAGUGGUCCUGCAAGAAUAUCCACUGCAGUUCUUGGUGAUUUUGGUUCAUCAACAAAGAAUGUUAUUAUGGCAGAAGAAAAAAGUACUGGUUUCAUUGGUUGCAACGUACCAGAUAGUAACCCCAAAGCUGAGGUGCGCUAUAAAAUCCGGGGGAAAUGGCUGAAACGUUCCACAGGUAAUUACUUAAUCCUUCCAUCAGGAAAUCUUCAGAUUUUGAAUGUAUCCUUAGAAGACAAGGGAUCAUAUAAAUGUGCAGUUUAUAAUCCUGUGACACAGGAAUUGAAAAUUGAACCCAUUGGCCGAAAACUUCUUGUGAGCCGUCCUUCUUCGGACGAUUUUCACAUUCUUCACCCCACACUUUCACAGGAAUUAGCUGUUCUUUCUAAUAGCCCUGUAACCCUGGAGUGUGUAGUGAGGGGUGUCCCAGCUUCUCAAGUAUACUGGUUGAAGGAUGGCCACGAUGUUGUGCUGGGAAGGAACUGGAGGAAGUUGUAUUCUCAUCUUGCCACAGAUAGCAUUGAUCCAGUGGACUCUGGAAACUAUUCCUGUGUGGUGGGAAACAAAUCUGGAGACCUAAAGCAGGUGACUUACAUGGUGAACGUUCUUGAACAUGCUUCAAUUUCUAAAGGACUGCAGGAUCAGACAGUGUCUCUGGGUGCCACAGUACAUUUUACCUGUGAUGUCCAUGGGAACCCAGCCCCCAACCGUACCUGGUUUCAUAAUGCACAGCCUAUUCAUCCAUCCCCACGACAUCUAACUGCAGAAAAUGGGCUGAAAAUCAGUGGUGUUACUAUGGAAGAUUCUGGGCUAUAUCAGUGUAUAGCAGAUAAUGGAAUUGGAUUUAUGCAAUCUACUGGGAGACUUGAAAUUGAAAAAGACAGUGGAUUCAAGCCAGUUAUAGUAUCAGCGCCAGGAAGUGCAAAGGUGGUAGAUGGAGAUGUUGUUACUUUGUCCUGCAAUGCCUCUGGACUGCCAGUUCCAGUCAUUCGUUGGUAUGACAGCCGUGGAUUGAUAACCACCCAUCCAUCUCAGAUCCUUAGAUCUAAAUCCCAGAAAUCACACUCAAUGAGACCUGAGCCCAUUAACCUGGAACCUGUUUACUUUGUCAUGUCCCGAGCUGGCUUAAGCUCUCUCUAUAUUCAGGCUGUUACUCAGGAACAUGCUGGAAAAUAUAUCUGUGAAGCUACAAAUGAACAUGGCACAGUGCAAUCAGAAGUAUUCCUUACAGUUGUUCCUUUUGAAACAAAUACAAAAGCAGAAACAGUGACACUGUCUGAUGCUCCUUGGAGUGAUAGCAGAGAUAAAAGAGAUGGUACAGAAGCUGGAUUAUUGAGCUCAUCUCCAGUGAAGUUACGUUCCAGCACAGUGGAAUCUUCAUCAGAGAAAAAUACCAGUAGUGCUUCUGUUCCUGAUGCCCCCAUUAUCCUGAGCCCUCCACAGACUCAUACAUCAGAUACAUACAACCUGGUCUGGAGGUCUGGAAAGGAUGGCGGACUUCCUAUCAAUGCCUAUUUUGUGAAGUAUCGAAAGCUCGAUGAUAUUGUUGGUAUGGUGGGGAGCUGGCACACAGUCCGUGUCCCAGGAAGUGAAAAUGAGCUCCAUUUAACAGAACUCGAGCCAUCUAGUCUCUAUGAAGUUUUGAUGGUAGCUAGAAGUGCAGCAGGAGAAGGACAACCUGCCAUGUUAACCUUCCGAACUAGCAAAGAAAAAACAGCCUCAUCAAAAAACACUCAGGCAUCUGCUCCACCCAUAGGAAUCCCUAAGCAUCCUGUUGAUUCAGAGGUUACAAGCAACAACUUUGGAGUGGUGCUUACAGAUUCCUCUCGGCACAGUGGAGUUCCAGAGGCCCCAGACCGCCCCACUAUCUCCACUGCAUCAGAGACCUCAGUCUACGUCACUUGGAUUCCUCGGGCAAAUGGGGGUUCUCCUAUCACUGCCUUCAAGGUAGAAUACAAACGGAUGCGGAAUAGUGAUUGGCUGGUGGCAGCUGAAGAUAUCCCUCCUUCCAAACUUUCUGUGGAAGUUCGUAGUUUAGAACCAGGUUCAACAUACAAAUUUAGGGUCAUUGCCAUUAACCAUUAUGGUGAGAGUUUUCGGAGUUCAGCUUCUCGACCUUAUCAGGUGGCUGGGUUCUCUAAUCGUUUUUCCAACCGUCCAAUAACUGGGCCUCACAUUGCAUACACAGAAGCAGUCAGUGAUACUGAGAUCAUGCUGAAGUGGACAUACAUUCCAUCAAGUAAUAAUAACACUCCUAUUCAAGGAUUUUAUAUCUAUUACCGGCCAACAGAUAGUGACAAUGACAGUGAUUACAAAAGGGAUGUUGUCGAAGGUUCAAAGCAGUGGCACAUGAUUGGCCACCUGCAGCCAGAAACUUCCUAUGAUAUUAAAAUGCAGUGCUUCAAUGAAGGAGGAGAGAGCGAGUUUAGUAAUGUGAUGAUCUGUGAAACUAAAGUGAAGCGUGUUCCUGGAGCAUCUGAGUACCCCAUCAAAGACUUGAGUACCCCUCCAAAUUUCUCAGGAAGUGGAGGAAACACUGGGCCUGCAACAAGCCCAGCCAGAAGCAGUGAUAUGUUAUAUCUGAUUGUUGGCUGUGUGCUGGGUGUCAUGGUCCUCAUUCUUAUGGUUUUCAUUGCCAUGUGCCUGUGGAAGAACCGCCAACAGAAUACCAUACAGAAAUAUGAUCCCCCAGGCUAUCUCUACCAAGGAUCAGAUAUUAAUGGACAUAUGAUGGAAUACACCACUCUGCCUGGCACAAACCGGAUUAAUGGAAAUGUUCAUGGGAGCUUCAUGAGAAAUGGAAGUCUUAGCAAUGGUUGCUCACAUCUUCACCAUAAUGUCUCGAAUGGAGUCAAUGGUCUGGUGAAUGGGAGCUUAAAUGGAGGCCUUUAUUCUGGGCACACUAACUCCCUAAGCAGGACACACAGAGAUUUUGACCAUCCUCAUCACCUAGUGAAUGUUGGUGGAAUGUACAAAGCAGUGCCUCAGACCGACCCACUGGAGUGCAUUAACUGUCGAAAUUGUCGGAACAACAAUAGAUGUUUCACCAAAACUAACAGCACGUUCAGCAGCAGUCCCCUUCCUGUGGUCCCAGUGGUCGCACCCUGUCUUCAGGAUGGUUUGGAAAUGAAACCCCUAAAUCACAUGAAGAUACCUGUGUGCCUGGCUUCCACAGUUCCCAGUUAUGGCCAGUUAUCCAAGGAGAGCAUCAAAGACAAUGUGGUACCAAUAGCUACCCAGCAUACUUGCUGCCAGGAUAACAUAAAUGAUAUCAAUUUUGGUUGCACAGAAGAUACAGCAGAGUCCAACAGAGGAGACAGCUAUGUCCAUUCAGAAACAGAGAACACAAUUUUAAGUUGGAAUCCUCUUAUUUUACCACCUGUCUCAAAGGACUGUACUGAAAAGACUGCAUGGUCUCCUCCUGGCAUUCCUUUGGACAGCCCUUUAGGGGUCCUUCAACAACCCCAGGAAACCUGAGGACGUGCAAAUGACUAGCCAUGCUCCCCCUGGAAGCCAGUAACUGCACAAAACGGGCCUGGGGAUGGACUGUGUGAAGGACAUUCAUUUAAAUCAGAGGAAACCAUUAUUUAUUUUUUGUAGUAGAAUGUUAUAUGAAUGUAUCUUAAAAUGUUUGCCUUUUAUAUUAUUUAUGCCUUAAAAAUUUCCUUCUCUAUUCCUUCUUCUUCCCGUCCCUCAAUAUGAAACAACCUUGUUUUGCAUAUUUUU